AUGGCACAGUACCUCUGCUAUCAAUGGAUACACCCUGACCACGACGCCUGGACCUGCGCGGAUAGGAAGUUUGACGGUCUCAAUGAGAACGCCAAGGUCAAGCUGCAGAUCCCGUGGAUCAGGUGGCCCGAGGACGAAAGCGAGGAAGGAAAGGAGCACACAAUCCACUGGAAGGACAUCUACAACAGGGCCGUUGAAGCCGUGGACCAGUGGGCCUACCUUCUAAGGCAGAAGGUGAGCGGCGAGAACUUUCCCCGGCACGAGAUUCUGUCGUGCAUGAUCCAGAUGCACGAGCAGCUCCUCCACACGAUAUUCACGCUUCGCGAGAAAGACCGGCAUCUGAGGUUGUUUUACGGCUUCGCCGCCGAUCGUGUAGCGAUGCUCGAAGAGAUCCAACAGUUGGCUCUGAAACAGGUUGUCUUUGUCGUCGGCGGCAGGGCCAGGAUCCGGGAAUAUGGAGGGUAUGAAGUGCUGCUAAAGUGA